AUGUCUGAUGCAUACAAUCCUACAAUAGACGUCAAACGCAUCCACAGGGCCUGUCGGAGCACGGCCAAUAAUGUGAAGCUAACAAAAAUCCUCGUCAGCAAGACUUCUCAAGAGAUUCAAAUGCUGCAAGUAGCUUGUAUGAAUAAGCUACAGAAGCCGCUCGUCGACCUGGUUGUCUCAGAGACUUCCGGUAGGUAUCAGACGGGCCUUGCACUUCUCGCGAGCGGCGCAUUGGCGGGAGAUGCAUACUUACUCAAGAAGGCGAGUAAACAAAAGAUGGAUUCGCGUAUUCGACUGGCGCUGCUCACCGAGAUUCUCGUCAUGCGAUCAAAGUCAGACUUGAUCAGACUCAAGGAAUACGUGAGCGCAACGCAGCACCGUAGUCUGGCCAGCAUUGUCAACGACGCCAUACGGAUGAUGGACGCUUCGGUACAAGAAAACCUCAUUGAAGCUUUCCGGCUAUGCAUGCUCACGGAAGAAGAGGUGGUCGAGGAGAGCGAGGUUAUGUCGAAUGUGCAAACAAUCAAAACCUUUCUCGAGGGCGGGGAGGAUGUCACGGUGAAGAAGCUCUUGGGAGUAAUCUUGGGCUGCUCAUUAUCGCAUCUACGUCUGCUUGUCGAUGGGUACAAGACACGGUUUUACGGCAUCAACCUCUCUCAAGCCAUCGAGGACUCGCGUGACAGUAGGAUAUCGCCCACUCUCAAAGAGGUGCUUAUACAUGCCCUGCUCACAGCCGAACACGAGACGAAGGGAGCCAUGGAGGGUGUUGUACGUGAUGUGCGCCGCAUAGAGACCGGCCUUCAUGAUGACUACCUGCUCACAGUACGCCUAGUUCGUGCACACUGGAAUCAGGAUCGAUUCCGUGUACUCCUAGCAGAGUGGACCAAGGUCCGACCAGAGAGUGGGCACCCGGUCGAGCGUGUCAGGAAGCACACGCGGUGCGCCCUGGAGGCGCUAUUGGUGAGGGUGAUCCAAGAGGCUGAGCCGGUCCCUGCAUCUUCAUGGUUGCAUCGUAAUAUUGACAAGUGGCUUUGA